AUGGAGACUGAGACGCCCCCAGGCAGGAGCAUCAUACCAGUGAGCGACGGCGACCUUGAAAAGCGAGUACCCAGUCGAUAUCCCCCAUAUACCGGCCCUAUUACCCCCAAACUGUGUGCCAGUGUCUCCAAAUACACAGACCCAAUUCGCGCGACGCACCUAAGCCUUGUUACGCCGCAGAGUUACAACAUCACGCAACACAGCACUCUAGACACUAUGUGCGUCCAGACCUACCGCAAGUAUACCUGCGGGUGCAGGAAGCCGGAGGAGUUCAAGCAGUGUGCGGCGCGUCUGGGCACAAACGUCAAAUGUAGUCCGGUGACGAAGGAGGACCUGCCUGACUCUGUGCAUAUGUGUAGCAAGCACAUGGUCAAGGAGGGAAAAGACGAGAUGCACCGCUGA